ACUGCUGGUGGUCUUUUCAAAGGUGACGGUUAUUGGCAAUUUUAUUUUCUAUUAAAGACCGUUGGGAAGGGCGGUUUUGGUACCGUCUACUUAGCAAAACGUUUGCGCGACAACAAAGAAGUGGCUAUAAAGAAGAUUCCUCGAGACAAAGCACUCUCAAAAAAUGUUAAAAAAGAGAUAAAUGCCCUGAAGCAAUUGGAGCACUCAACCAUUAUUGAGUUUUACGAUGAAUUUGUUGAUGGCGGUGUUCAAUAUAUAGUUAUGGAAUAUUGCCCUCAUGGGUCGUUACGAGAUUAUGUUCUUAACCACGAAAAACUACCGAAAGACUGUGUUGCGUACGUUCUUCGCCGCUUAGUAAGUGGUGUUAUGUACAUUCAUUCGAUGAAUAUGGUGCAUCGUGAUCUCUCUGCUCAAAAUAUUUUAAUUUGUGACAUACGUCGUCACGGAAUAUUGGAAGUGGUAAAUAUUAUCGCUUUAAUAAAGGUUGCUCUUUGCACGAUUUUGGUUUAUCUACCAUCCUUCAAGAAGGAGGAUUGCAUACACUUGCAGGCACACCAGGGUACAUGGACAGGUAAUGAGGAUAGGCUUGAGUUUUUGUGUUUUUGUGGUUUGCUUGUUUUGGGUUUGGUCUGUAAAAUCUCUUGUUCGUCAUUUAGUUUACUUAAACUGUUUCUCGGCUCUUGCUUCGAUAGAAGUAUCGUGUUUCACUAG